UAUUAUGGAUUAGAAGGGAGAUGAUAUUAUGGAUGAUAUUGCUGAUGCACUUGAUGGAGAGCACAAACUUAAUCUAACAGCCGAUCAAAAUGAUGAUGACGGUAAUUAAAACUCUAUUGGAAGAUGAGGCAAUAAAUAAGGAAUGUGAAAAUUUUCUAAAUUCUUUAAAGGGAGGAGAAGGCCAAAAUGUAGAAACUGAUUAAUUGCUUAAGUAAUUCUAAGGAAUGAUGGGAAAUAUCCUAGAGGGAAUCAAUCCUAACAACUAGUAGCUUCAAAUUUUUUAUUAAUAGGGAAUAACAAAAGGCAUUUUAAGACACCUUUGAAAAAUUAGAAUAAGCUCCAUAAUUUGAUGAAUUGGCUGACAAAAUGUUAUUGUAGUUUAUGGAUAAGGAUGUUUUGGAGUAGCCUAUGAAAGAAACAUAUGAUGCUUAUAACAAAUUUAUUUAAGUAUUGAUGAUUUAUUUUUAAGGAAAAUAAAAAUAAACUGAAUGAAGAAGAAUUAUUAAAAUACAAAAAAUAAAAAGACUGUGUUGAAAAGAUUAUUGAUCAAUUAAAUACUAAUCCUAAUGAUAAAGAAAAAUUAAUUUAAUUAUUUGAAAAUAUGUAGGCUGAAGGAGAUCCUCCUUAAGAAGUAUUUGGAGGAAAUGAAAAUCCUCUAAACUUUUUGAAUGCACCAACUGAAGGAGCUUAAGGGGAACCAUGCAAUAUAUUUUGAA